GAAAUAAAUUAUCGAUAACACUUUCUUAACUCUUAUGUUGUUUUGAUUUGAAAAAAAAAAACAGGGUAUAAAUAGUGCGGAACGAUUUAUUGAACUUCAGAAUAGUUCUGACCAUGGCCUUUACAAAUGUGUUAGCUGUACUGAUCGUGGUGGUAAUUGCUGCUACCAACGGUCAGCACAAUACCAAUUACUGGGGUGGACGUGAUACCAUGGUUCAUCUUUUCGAAUGGAAAUGGGAGGACAUUGCCAAUGAGUGUGAACAAUUUUUGGCUCCUAAAGGCUAUGCUGGUGUUCAGGUUUCUCCUGUAACUGAAAAUGCUGCUAUCAACGGACGUCCUUGGUGGGAACGUUACCAACCUGUUUCCUAUAUCCUCACCACUCGGUCCGGUGAUGAGGCUCAAUUCCGUGACAUGGUAACUCGUUGUAAUAAAGUUGGAGUACGUAUCUAUCCAGAUUUCAUCAUGAAUCAUAUGGCCGCUGGUGAUAAUGUUGUUGGAACUGCUGGAUCCACAGCUGAUCCCAAUAACAAGGACUUCCCAGCUGUUCCCUAUUCAUCACUUGAUUUUAACCCAACUUGUUCAAUUAAUAACUUUAAUGAUCGCGUCGAAGUCCGCAAUUGUGAAUUGGUAGGAUUGAAGGAUCUUGAUCAAAGCAAGGACUAUGUUCGUGAGAAGCUUAUUACACUUAUGAAUAAAUUGAUUGAAAUCGGUGUUGCUGGAUUCCGUUUGGAUGCUGCCAAACACAUGUGGCCACAUGAUAUGGAAGCCAUUUUGAAUUCCCUUGAUGACUUAAAUACUGAACAAGGAUUUGCUCCCGGCUCCCGACCAUUUAUCUACCAAGAAGUUAUCGAUAACGGAGGUGAAAUGAUCACUCGUGAGGAAUACACUCACUUGGGAGCUAUCACCGAGUUCCGUCACUCGUCAAAGAUCAGCAAUAUGUUCAACAAUGGCGACAAGUUAAAGUAUUUGAAUAACUGGGGUGAAGGUUGGAGUUUCGUUCCUACCGAAGAGUCUUUGAUUUUCAUUGACAAUCAUGACAACCAAAGAGGUGAAGCUUUGAAUUACAAAUCAGCCAGACGAUACAAGAUGGCAACCGCUUUUAUGUUAUCCUAUCCUUAUGGCAAUCCUCGUGUGAUGAGUUCGUUUGAUUUUGAAGUUUCCGAUGAUGGUCCACCGACCAGUAAUGGUGACGAUAUUUUGUCACCUGAAUUCAACGAUGAUGAUUCAUGUGCAAAUGGAUGGGUUUGUGAACAUCGUUGGCGUCAAAUUUACAAUAUGGUCGGUUUUAGAAAUGCUGUUGAAGGAACUGAAGUUAAUAAUUGGUGGGAUAAUGAUGGUGAUCAAAUUGCAUUCUGUCGUGGCAAUAAGGGUUUUGUUGCUUUUAAUCAAGAGAAUUAUGAUUUGAAUCAGCGUUUGUAUACUUGCUUGCCAGCUGGUACAUAUUGUGAUGUUAUUUCGGGCAAUAGGUCGGGAUCACCUUGUUCGGGAAAGCAGAUUGUUGUUGCUAAGGAUGGAACAGCUCAGAUUAAUAUUUCAACUAAUGAUGAAGAUGGUGUUUUAGCUAUUCAUAUUGGAUCAAGGGUUUAAAAUGGAAUUUUGUUAAGCUUAAAGAAAUAAAAAUCGAA